AUGCAGCACAUCUUUGGGUCAUUGCUUUCAAGACAUUCCACGCACCAACUCCUUUACAGAGUCUGGAAAAAUGCCAAGGGUGAGACUGAGUCAAUGAGCCCAAGUUCCAGUCUCCAAGGGGACAGCGAUGAAGAAGACAUUCCAGGGGAAAGUGAAGAUGAGGAUGAGCUAGAUAUGGAACACGACGGUCCCAACGGUCGUGUCUUGCCUCCAGUUAGUGUUCAUGAGUACCAGAGAUUGGAAUCGUCCCGCUUUUCAGAUUCAUAUGGGGGUGGGUCUCACCCUCACCAAGGUAGCCCGCGGCAACCACACCUGCCCUCCGACCAAUCACAUUCCAUGGGUGACUCGCCCGACCUCGGCCACCGGUCACAUACAGGUUACCAUCAUCAGCUCAGUCAAAUGUUAUGUUCAGUCAGCAUAUUCAAAUCAAUUAAAAGGCUAGGGAACUCCCUGAAGCAGCUACCUCAAUAUCAACCGUUCUUACUACUUAUUGGCAUCUUACUUUUGUGCCUGACCUUCUCAGCAGCAGUACUCUCCAUCAGGAUCUGGCGGCUUCAACCACACAUGGCCACCCCAUCGCAAACAUCAGCCCAUGAGUCCGUCCACCUUGAAAAUAUGGAUAAUAUUGGGAAUCUAUUUCUAUCAGAACAACAUAAACACCAAGAGAAAGUAUCCCAUAUACAGGACACACUUUCAGCCAAUCUCAAGACAUUAUUACAGGUCCAGUCGUCAUUACACCACCUGAACACGAAGUCAUCUGAAAAUUCAAAUCCACCACAUCGGAGCGAAUCAUCAUCAUCGCCUGACAGGGGACAGAAGGAGGAUUUAUAGUACUGGUCAUUGGUCUGCUGCUGGUCCUACCAAAGCUGCAAUUCAUUCCAGACCUGACCGGCGCCCUCUGUUGUUGGUCUUUCAACUAGGAGGCUCCAAUUCCUCUACCCUCUCUCUGUAGGAUCCAGCAGACCAACCCUUAAAUUACUACACUGGCCAGUGAGUGGAACAAGAUGCACAUGAAGUCCUUUUAAUAGUAAAGUUAUUUCACUUGCUUGUGACGAGUAAGAUCAUUGACCACGUCACCGUUGAAGAUGACCUCCGAAGUUCUCGAAGCAUUCUCAGAGUCUGUCCACCACACUGCUAUUUUAAGUCACUCAGAAUUUGUGACAAAGAGCCAGGUGGCUAUGAAAGAAAUCCCUUCGCACGUGGCUUCCAUUCAGUUACAACCUUUUAGCAUGAAGAACGUUUCAUAUCUCGAUUGUCGCAGGACCACCAAAGUUUUGACGUCUCCGUGGAUAGUGAAAUUGAUCUGACUGACAGUGUGCAUAGAAAGCAGCUCAUUUUAUUCAUCAUUCCUGAAGCCCUUCAUGCCAAACGAUACUAAACGAGUUUAAUUUCACCUCUUAAUGUCGCCAACAACAUUAUUGUAAUUGUCAUUGUAUAGUCGCCAUUUAAAUGCAGAUUUUGACAUUUGACACUUAAAGAAAGUGAAAAUAAAGGACAUGUUAUUGGGGGGGGGUUCAAGUUUCUCUUCACUUAUGUUUUGUUUGUUUCACAUUGUUUUAUAUUUUGCCUAAUCACAUGGCUGUCCAGUGAGGACAGUAUUAAUUUGCAAUAUUGUUGUGCCAUUAAUGGAUACCUCACGAUAUACGAUUUCAUGUUGAUUGAUCAAAACAUUCUUUAAGGAACCGUUUGACCCGCUGCUACCCGACAUAACCUACAAAGAAACUGAUAGUUGUUAUAUGCACCGGUGAAGGUACAGGAAUCUUUGUUUGUUAUGGGGCAUUGCAAGAAACUUGCAAUCAAUUUCAAGGCAAAUUUAAGUCAUAAAAUCAAUCACAUGUCUUAUAAUUGAUUGCCAAUUUGCAUUUGAUUACAGGUCUGCUUCAUGCAUUCAACAAGUAUGUAUUGAUUUGCUUGAGUUAAAAUUGAUCUAUCAAUUGUGAAUUUGCAACUUUGCAAUUGAUUGCCAAUAUUUUCUUGCAACACCCCCUAAGUCUCUUAUUACUUAAUCUGAUAGACUGGUUGAUUUUUUAGAAAGGUAUAGCAAUGGAUGAGAGAAAUAACUUUCCUCCUUUGAUUUGUUGAGGCAUUAGUUGUUUGUCCCUUUGAGUGCGUCGUCCAGCUUUUGACCACUUUUUGCUUGUCUGUCAUUCAGUCAGGAAAAAUCCACCAUCUCAGUCAUCAUCAUCACUAUCAUCGUUAUCAUCAUCAUCAUCUUCAUCAGUAUCACCACCACCACCAUCACAUUAUCUUCAGCCAUGUGCUUAUGUUAUAAACCUACACUAUAUGUAUAGUGAUGCUAUGGAUUUACACUUGUGCUGCAUGCAUUGUACUAGAUAUAGAUGACUAAAAUGAAAGAAAACAAAUGACAAUCAUAUCUGCACUCUUUGGUGUAAUGCUUGCUGAUUUAUUCACAUUUUCAUAGACCAACGACCAGUUUGUCUAAUCACCAUUUGGUCUUACGCUUCAUAAUAAUAAUAUAAUAUAGGGUAUCUAUAUUGCGCACAUAUCCACCUUGUUAGGUGCUCAAGGCGCUCCUAUAUUACCCGGCUAAGCUAGGCGUUCAUAGCGCACACAGCUUUCAUCCACGUACCAUUCUGCCAAUUUUCCAUUUAUAGAUGAUACCCAUUUUCUAGCAUGUCGAGCAGAAGGCAUAUGCUGCGCUCAAUAAAAUGAAACUCUCUGCAUGCCAAUAAGAAUGGUCUAAAAAAAAAUGAAGUAAUUAAGCAUUUAUGUUGGCUCGGUGCAUAGAAUUUUCUCCUGAUGAGUUAAUUCAAUUAUUUUAUUGUCAUGUUCAAUGAUUAAAAACACAAAAAUUGUCCUCAGACUCUUAUUAACAAAAAGUUUUUUGUUUUUAGCUGAGUGGUCACUUCUGGUGACUAGACAGAGUGAUUAUUAGGCCAAGUGGAUUUUAGACCAAGUGGUAACAACACCAAAUUCCUUUUUAACAGUAAACCGAAUGAAUAAAGCCUGUAGGAUUGAUUAUGCUCCUGGCUGGCAAAGAGGUAAUAGAGAAAUCUGUCUAUUGGACCAACUGGAAUGGACCAAACGGUAUUGCACUAAUUGACAGUAAACACCCGAUGAUUUGAAAUGAGAAUUUCUGUCAAGGAAAAGUUUGACUUACUAAUCUCUUCCAAUCCUAGAUAUUACGUUCCUUUCGGAUCCUUUGACAAGGUGUUCCAUAAAAAAUGUUGUAGACCAAUUUGUUGACCAAUUUGUUGAAUCCAGUUUGGUAAGAUUAUUUGAUGUUUAUAGGCUUUACUUGACAAGAUUUGGGGCAAACUUAAUUGCAGUAAAACCGGUGUGCAUGACCAAAACAGUGAAUUGCUUUUUUAUCUUGUUAUUUAUGACAUUUUAAACAAAAUCAAUGCAAAAUUGGUAAUCUGUGAAAUUGUAGCUAAGAAGUAAUUUCGAUAGUAUUUUAGUGGUCACAGAAUUGAGGUUUAUUAACUACUUAAAGAUAUAAAAUGAAAUCCAUAUUAAGGCUCUUUGUGAACAUGAAAUCCUCAAGUUUUUACAAUGUGUAUUCUACCAAUCAAAAUUAUUAUUCCACGAAAGUUAUGCAGACUUCAAAAAGGCAUAAAAAUUGAGUGUCACAUAAGUACUUAAGUUGUAUUCAACUUGAAAAUGGAUGGGGGAAAUUAUACAAAUACAUCAUAGGACUGAUUCACAAAGUCGGCAAGCCCUCAAAAAGUAGCUUCUUUUAUCCAAGUGAUAUUCAUGACUAGAGGGUUUUUGCAUUGUUAAUGAGCUUGGUGCGGACGAUAACACCUCUUUUUAUUCGGCCAAUGCUGCUCUAAAUAUUGACCAAAUUUCAUGUUUUUUGUAUCUUUGUAAAGAAGAAAUAUAAUUCUUUCAGGUCAUGUGUCUGGAUUUUUAAAAAGAUUUUGUAACAUAGGUGAAACUUUUGAUCUAAAACAUGAAACAAAAUAACUAUUUUCAUGCAACAAAACUUGUUGUUUUUACACUUAAUUUCUGGUUGGGCCCAAAUAAUUUUUAGAUUAUGAUAAAGCUGAAGAUCUAAGCUUUAAUAUGAUAUAAUUUUUAUAAGAAGAGGUAUCUUAGAUGGGUCAGCAGCCAUCUUUUCGUAGGCCAAGUACAUUUAGCAGUUUAAAAACAAGAAUACUGUGCUCUGAUUGGUCAUAGAGACCACACACCCACGCAAAUUCCAAUGUUCCCCACACUGGGCCUCUGAAGGUCACACUCACCAUGUGGUAAUCUCUUCAAAUUACCCCCGCCUGUUGUUUUGAAAACACUAUUCAACCAAUCAGAACUCUGGAUUUUAUGCUACUCAGAAAUUUCAGAAAUCUCGUCUUGCAUUUUGGUGGAAAAAGCUGGCUGCUUACCCAUCUAAAAGAUGCCACAUAUCAAGAGUGAAAUUGUAAGAAAGUAUAGAGUUUGAGCUUUCUGAUGAUACAAAUAAUGUUUGUGCCUAAAACACAUAAUUUUGCACAAUAUGCAAGAGAAAAAAGAGGAAGAAAAGCAUCUUUUCAUGCCUAAAAUUCACUUAGUUAUCAAAAUAUUUUAUUCAAAAGAAAUAUUCAGUAUAAAAGAGUAACAUUUACUCUUUCAUAUGGUACAAAAUAAUCAAUUUUACUCAAGGAGAAAGUGGUUAAAUUCUUUGAGAAACAAAGUCUCACAAUUCACGAGAGUUUGCAGGGACAUGAAUUCAGCCACGAGAGGACUUGGAUAAAUCUUGCUCAUUAACACAGGGGCUUGCAGACUGACUGCUUAAUUGUGAAUUGAGUUUGACUUAUAGUCAAUCUUAAAGGUAAAAUAAAGUAAUUGCAGCAAACAAUUAUUUCAUGAGAACGCUUUUCAAAUCAAGGUUAAUUACCACCAUAUUACCACAGAUCUAGCUCUGGUACACUGAAAUCAACUCAUUGUAAAUUCAUGAAAUCUUAGCUAAAAACCGAUAAUUCUGAUGAUAACUAACAUAAAAAAGGCAUAUGUGGGACUGUGUAUUAAUAUUGCUUGGAAAAAUACCCAAUUUUAUGGGAUUCCGUGCUUAUUUUGCUCAUUUCCCAGCAAUUACAAUUAUUUUUCCAGAGCCAAUUGACACAUAUUUUUAUUUAUAUACAAACACUUGGGGGAGGUCAUUUUGGCAUUUUAUUGGCUUCUGUUCAAGCUCAUUUUGACAUCGUUACCACAACUGGUAUUUAUCUUUAAAUACCAACAUUUAGUGUUACUUGACUUAAGGCAUAGUCUCAUCAGGGACUGAUUUCAUGGGGGAGAUGAUGUGCUCACAUGCAACCAGGAAUUAAAGAGGGCCUUUAAGUCAGUCUUAAUUCUUUGUGAACUGCCCCCCCCCCCCCUUCGGUGUAAUUCCAAUUCAACAAAACCACAAACUUUGCAAAUUUUCUGUAGAUUUGGAUGCCGAUUCCUUCCAAUGGAUACUUUUCACUUUUAAUAUUCUCUGAUACUUGUUUGAAAAAAAAAACAAAGGAAA